AUGACCUUCUUACUACUAUACCUAUUCGCAUGUUUCUCGAUAUUUCUCUCCGUAAAACUACCGGAGGAUCGAAGGUCGUGUAAAUAUAAGAAAAUAUUAAUCGAAUCUCAAAACUUCAGAUGGAAAGAGUACAAGUGGAUACUUCCGGAGAGUAGAUCAAAGAUUAUUGAGGAGGAGUGCCGGUAUGUGAUGCCAUCACGUAGACCUCCCAGAUCUGUGAGAACCAAAUUACCAGCUGACAUAGUUUUUCGUAAUUUCUCUGAAGAAGACAGUUCCGAAACACUGGAUCACCCUGAAGAUUUCAGAAGAGCGUUCCGUUCAAUGAUGCAUAACGUUUCGAUUCAUCCAAUCAUUAUGAAAGAGCUGCAACAGGGAUUGGCAAAUUAUCUAAAUAAUCAUCUGAAACCUUAUCUUCGUAUUGGUCGGUAUAUCAGAGCCCCCAGAUGCAUUGGCAACCGAACAGUUGAACUGUUUGUACAAGUUUUGGAUCUUGAUGAACUUAUAAUUUGGAAAUGUGAAGACAUUGGAGUUAUCAAGAAUAACAAUUAUGAGUAUUAUAAACUGACUCCAGUUUGGAUGGUGGAGGAUGAGGAUAACAAUACGUUCAAAAUUAAUUUGAAUGAAUGCAAAACGAACCACCACAAUCACAUUUUCUGCCAGCCAGAUGUGAAGGUGUAUUUUAAUUCAACCUGCUCAAUCAACAAAAUUGACACAUGCGGAAUAAGUGUUGGGAUACCUAGAGAAAAGCGGUAUUCAGUUUCACGAAUUCUUCCGGAUGGGGUUUCAGUUUACGGAUCGAUUCAACAAAUAUCAAAGAUUAGACGGAAGAAGAGAACAACAGCGAGGACGAAGUCAGAAAUGAAACCAUUAAAUUAUGAUACUCCAGGACUCUUUUAUUUCAAUUUCAAUACCACUAAAAAUUCUUUGUCUUUGAGUGUUUCAUUACCUUAA